UUCAGUUUACCAACAAUGAACACACUGUAUGAGGACCGAAAAGUGAUUUUUGGAAUACUUGGAACGUCGUUCUUCUCGUGGACAGCUUUCCUGGCACUGAAAGGUUUGGUGAAAAAGUAUUCAAAGCCAAAAGCUGAAUGGGUUCCAGUCGGCCGAAUCAAGAGUCUUCAUCUGUAUCCGAUCAAGUCUUGCAAGGGAAAAGAGGUCUUCCAAUAUCGAUGCACCCCAUUUGGCCCAAGGUUGGGAGAAUAUUUGGACCGACAUUUCCUGGUUAUCAAUAGUGACGGAAAGUUCUACACUGCCCGAACAAAGCCACAAAUGGUUCUGAUCGAGACUUUGAUUAAAGAUGGAAUUGUUCGAGUCUCCUAUCCAGGCAGGGAAGAUGCUCAGUUCAAGAUUGAGGAUGUGAAGGCAAAUAAGGAUUUACGCAGUGGAUUCCUUCACGUGGAUCUUCGUACUGAUGGCUAUGACUGUGGAGAUGCGGUGGCUGAAUUCUUCUCGAAUGUGCUGGAGGAACCUGGAACUCGUGUGAUCAUGUACGAUACUGGAUUGUUCACAGAGAGAACUUGCAAAACGGAAGAAGGAUGGUGGAAUAAUGAAGUUCCCAAGAGAAUCGAUGAUUUUCAGACCGCCUACGCCGACCUGGCUCCCUACAUGAUUACAAGCCAAGCUUCUCUGGAUGACCUCAACUCAAAGCUCGAUCAAAAUGUCUCCUCAAUCAACUUCCGUCCAUGUAUCGUUGUAGACGACUGUGCCGCAUGGGAUGAAGACAAAUGGCUUGAUCUACGUAUCGGCGAUGUUGAAAUGCAGUGUUUCAAGCCGUGUACCAGAUGCAUUCUCACCACCGUCAACCCAGAAACUGGAACCAAGGACAAGGACAUGCAACCGUUGAAGAAGCUCCGCGAGUUUCGUCUUGGUCCCGGAAAACUGCGCCAGGAGUUUGGAGAAAGCCCGAUCUUUGGAGUCAAUGCAGGACUUGUGAAGACGGGAUAUAUUCAUGUCGGACAAACUGUCUGGGCCAAAUACAAGCCGUCGGCCUUCUGAGAUAAUUAUUUGACAUGUUUUAUCGUUUAUUAUUUGCUAUAUUUGCUCGAAUUUUUAUUGUAUGUAAAUUGAAAAAGCUCCCGAAUGAAUGUAUAUUUAUGGAAAA